AUGGAGGUCUCGAUAAGGUUGAUCUUGUUAAUGGUUCUCAUUGCUGUUGGGAGGGGAGAAGGGCAACUAGUAGAAAAUUUCUACAGCAAGACUUGCCCAAAUGUUGAAGCUAUAGUGAAGCAGGCAGUGUUCACAAAGUUCAGUAAGGCCAACGCCACACGCCAAGCCACUCUCCAAGCCACUCUACGUCUAUUCUUCCAUGACUGCUUCAUUGAGGGAUGCGAUGCCUCCAUCAUGAUCGCAUCAGCGAAUAACAAUGCAGAAAAGGAUGCAGGCGAAAAUCUUUCACUUGCUGGAGACGGAUUCGACGCUGUAAUCAAGGCAAAGCAAGCAGUGGAAGGAGCAUGUCCUGGCAUAGUCUCAUGUGCAGACAUAUUAGCUAUUGCUGCCAGGGAUGCUGUAGUUCUGGCUGGAGGACCUUCAUUCAGUGUAGAAUUGGGACGUCGUGAUGGCCUUAUUUCAAAUAAAUCUCGAGUCCAUCAUAAUAUCCCAGAUCCUUCCUUCAAUCUCUCCCAACUUACCACCUUAUUCGCCAGAAAAAACCUUAGCCAGUUUGACAUGAUUGCUCUCUCAGGAGCACACAGUGUAGGCGUUUCUAAUUGCAGCCGUUUUCACAGUCGCCUCUACCCUGUUGUGGAUCCUUCUCUAAACCUCAACUAUGCCAAACAGUUGAUGGCCACUUGCUCUAAGAAAAUUGGAAAUCCUCAGGUAUUCGUCAACCUGGAUCCUGAAACCCCAAAAGUUUUAGAUAACGUGUAUUACCAAAACCUGGUUGCUGGGAAAGGCUUAUUAACUUCAGAUGAGGUGCUUUAUACGGACCCAGAAUCUCAACCUACUGUCAAAGAUUUCGCUAGCAAUCCAGGCCAUUUCAACGCAGCUUUCAUUGCAGCAAUAAAAAAACUUGGAAGAGUGGGAGUUAAGACUGGCAAUUUGGGAGAGAUAAGGAGAGACUGUGCAGCCUUCAAUAAUGAAGAUUGAUGGCAUGAUUUCAGCUCAAACAGUAGGAUCAAAAAAACUGAAAGAAAAAUUAUAAAAAUAAAAAUAUUCUCCACAACAGUUGGUCCAUCUACUAGAUUUUCCAGUCAGU